AAAACCAGUUUGCCCGUACCAAGCGACUAGCGAUUAUACUGAAUCGCGCCUGACGCAAGCGUAAAAUCCUAAUCGUCUCCGGAGUUUCAGUAUAAAUUCGGCGGCCACGGCGUGCGCUUCAUUCCGUCUUCGGCAUCAACUCGCUCAACAUCCUUGCGACAAGCUUGGACUUUCGAGAUCACCCAAGGAGCUUCUGGUCAACAUGAACAAGUCCGUCAUAGCUACUUUGGUCCUGCUGGUGGCUACGUGGCAGCUCACCGAGUGCGAGGCAGAUGGACUUUUGGGGACUUUCGGCAAGGUGACGGAAAAGAUAGGCGAAAAGACGGUGAAGAUUGGUGAGAAGGUGAAAGAAGACGUGAAGGUCGUGAAGGAGACGAUCACUACUUUAUUGACUGGACAGAAGAACAAGGAGGAACAUAAGGAAGAUAUAGCGGACAGUUAUUCUGGACUGCCUGUGGUACCGACGUCUCAGCCCCAGACUCAUCCGAACUUGUCGGGCGCUACUUUGUUUGGACAGAAGGACAAGAAGGACCAUAAGGAAGAUACGAAUAGUGAUUUCAAACCGACGAACAAACCGACUACAACGGAGUCUUCAACACAGGAUCCAAGAUUUACAAUUAACAGUGCUCCGAGAUGUCUACCUGGACAAGACUUUAUUGCGGGUGCAUGUCACGAGAGAGCGUAAUUCCUUAAAAACGUGCAUGAGAUUUGGUGUGCCUAUUAUUAUAAAAAAACCUGGAAGUUUCUAAGAAGAUCUGAUGAGCAGAGAUGGAGACCAAGGAUGCGCUUACGUAAUUUAUUGAAUUAUUUUGACGCGAACGGUAUUCCUUGCACAAGUGCGAUAUCAAAAUUUCAAUUAUUUAAGCUAAAUUAUUCACUCUCGACGUUACAAACGUCUGAUUACGACGCAUUCGAGCAUUUAAAUGCUAAUAGACCUUGAAUGCUUGAAUCACAUGGGUAUUUAGUUGUUCAGUCGUUAUAUGCAUCAUUUUACACGCUAAGUUGUUGCGGCUAAUUUUCUAAAAGCUUUUUAUAUGGUUAUUUUAUUAUAAAUAAACACAUGCAUAAUCCAUACGAGUA